CCCUUUCCCCCCCCCCCCCCCCCCCCCCCCCCCCCCCCCCGGCCCGGGACCUGAUUCGGCGGUAGCAGCUAGCAGGCGGCGGCAGUACCACUGCUCCACUCGCACGCGCGCGCAUGGCCGACCUGGGCGGGAGGUGAUAACUGGGCGGCGCGGAGAUGAGGGAGCUGGUGGGGAGGCCCGGGACGUGGGGCGGGCUCUGGCUGCGGCUCGGCCAAGCCGCGCUCGCCGCCGCCUCCAUCGCCGUCAUGGCCUCCGCCAACGGCUUCGCCGGCUACACCGCCUUCUGCUAUCUGAUUGCAUCGAUGGGAUUACAAGCGCUCUGGAGCUUGGGGCUUGCAUGUCUUGAUGGAUACGCCCUUAAAGUCAAAAGAGAUCUCAACAAUGCUGUUUUAGUGAGCUUAUUUGUAGUCGGAGACUGGGUUACUGCGAUUCUCUCGUUUGCUGCAUCGUGCUCAGCUGCUGGUGUAACAGUUCUUUUUGAGAGGGACAUUUCUUUCUGCAGAAGAUAUUACGAACUGCCUUGUGGGAGAUUUCAACUCGCGACGGCAUUCGCUUUUCUGUCCUGGGCGCUAAGUGCUACAUCAGCGGUCAUCAUGUUUUGGCUCCUGGCAUCCUUCUGAUUUUGUGUAUAGUCCUCCUGUGUGUAAGUUCUGUUUAUAGUGAGGUUUCCGCUCAUCAUAGGAUUUAUAUAGGAUGAUUUUUCAGAUAUGUAAGCAACAGAAACCACACUGCCAAAACAGAUGGAAAUGUUGGGACACCUAUAAA